UCAUUAUCAAAAGAAAUAGAAACAGACACACCGGCAGGAAAUAACUACCUACUUUUACCAUCGAAAAGAAGUCAAAAAGAGUCAUCGAAAAGGUUGCAAUCGUCAAUCGUUUAAAUAAAAUUAGAAUUGGUUAACGAUGGCGGGGGAGUUGGAAGAAGCGUGUGCUUCUGUCAGGUGUCAGCUGAACCAACACAAAAUUCUUUUCCCUGAAGAUCAAUGCUCUUCAGGACUGGGACGAUAUACGAAAAUGAUCAUACAACCGCAUCUAUACUCUUUCGACUGCAAUUAUUUAUAAUUAAUCAAAACCAACAUAACAAAGAUGAAGGUCUUUCCCAAAAAUUGAAGGACCCCGGACGUGUCUGUAGAAGGAAAAAAGUGGUUUAGUAUAAGAAGUGGCGUAGAAAACAAAGAGUGUUAACGAUUUGUAUUUAUGUGGUCUUCUUCCAGAAACUAUUGAUUUUUCAAACAUGAAGGUUACGAUCCAACCAAAAUAUUACAGUGUGGCAAACAGAGUUCAACGAUACGAUGCAGAGGAGAUUGUUAAAGAGUUUUCGAGUGUUUUGAAAUGGCGUUUGGAUGGAAAAGACUCAUUGAUCGAUUUGGGUACUGGUUCUGGUGAUGUUUUAAUGGAUUUUAUUUACCCGCUUAUGCCAAAGAAUUUCACAAAACUCGUUGGAACAGAUAUUUCUUCAGAAAUGGUUAAACAUUGCGAAAAAAAUUAUUCUCAAAGUGAAAAUGUGAAGUUUAAAGUUCUUGAUAUCGGAACGGAAAAUUUGCCAAAAGAGUUAAUUGGUGAAUUUGAUCAUGUUACCUCGUUUUAUAGUAUUCAUUGGGUUCAAAAUCAACGACUAGCCGCGGAUAAUGUCUACCGAUUGCUAAAAAGUGGUGGAGAUUGUUUACUGGUUUUUCUUUCAACUCAUUCAAUAAAUGAAACUUAUGAUAUUGUUUCGUUGAAUCCAAAAUGGGCUCCUUAUAUGAAGGAUAUCAAGAAUUACUAUUCUCCACUAUUUCGCAGCAAAGAUCCCAGAAGUGAAUUUAGUAAAAUACUUGAAGAUACUGGAUUCGUUGAUGUAAGAGUCGAAGAGCGAUAUAAAAUAUUUGAUCAUGAAGAUUUCGAAGAAAUGAAAAAUACUUACAGAGCAGUGAACCCAUUCCUUCAUCGUGUGCCUGUUGAAAUGCAUGAAGAGAUUUUAGAUGAAAUUAUUCAUACUGCAAUCAAGAUAGGAAAUAAAUCGAAUAAUGGUAAUAUUGGAUGUAUAGCAACGUAUAAGUUGAUCGUUGCUUAUGCGAGAAAGGGAUAGUUUUUACUAAAAACUUUUUAGAAUAAGAGAGUAUAACAGAGUACAUUGUAAUUCAACGUAACGUCAUAGAUUUUUUUUAAAUUCGGAGUCGA